AUGGCGCCUCUUCCCCCUCCCAAGACAAGUCGAGCUAGCUCUGUGGAUGUUGAGUUCUUCCGGCUCGAUACAACCGUGGAAGAAAUAAGGAACAUGUCCGGCCGAAGGUGUACUCUCUGGACUGUCAUCCAAGACCAGCUGACAAGCAUAGAAGCAGAGGCAAAGACUCAGAAGAAACAAAGAAUCAACGCUUGCGACUUGGACGACUAUCACGAGAAUAAGAUAGAAGCGCAUGAAGAGAAACUUGCUGCUUCUGUCGACGCGUCUGAAGCGAACGAGUAUCCCCGCUUGCGGAAACGCCUCUUUUGGGAUCAUGGCGAAGUUCUCGGUGACAAGGAAGAGUUUCCUGUGGGCCAGAAUAAUUGCGUCCGGGUGACCAUGGGAUAUUCUGCUAUCAACGACUUCAAGGACAAAAACGUCAUGGUGUACAUCGGAAUGUUGAUCUCCAAAGGAUUCCCCGAGACUGCGAGUCCCGAUCGCGGAGAAGUCGAACUGGUGCAAUAUUCGACGAGGUUCCUCGCUCUUUCGCUCUCAGGUUAUUUUAACAACGCUUCCCGAACCAUUGUUGGCUCUCCUGUCAAUUUGAAUCCAGGGAGUCCAGCUUCGAUGGAUCUCAUCCGCAAGUGGCUGAGCAACUGCGACAUGAAUCAUAAAUGUGGAAUAAUGGACCUACCAGAUUCCAUGCCUUCUCUGGUUAUCGAUGUAUCAGACCCUGGUCGCAGUCGACUGUUGCGGGUGCCUGAGAACAUGAGAGAGCGCUACAUCGCACUGUCCUACUGCUGGGGAGGUGUCUCUCAAGCCAUCAUGUUGAGAACUGGCAACAUGUCUGAUUUGACCUCUUCUAUCGAUCCGCAGAAGCUAGAUCCAACUAUUCGGGACAGCAUAACCGUCACCAGGGAGCUCGGAUUCAAAUUCCUAUGGAUCGACGCACUAUGUAUCAUUCAAGACGACUACGACGAUAAGGUGAAGGAACUAAGAAGAAUGGGUGAUAUUUAUCAGAACGCCACCUUCACAAUCGUUGCUUCCGCAGCGAAGGAUGUCAAGGAAGGGUUCCUCGGAAAGCGGGCUCCAACCUAUGAAACAACUGGAAACCCAGAUGGGCAAGUCCAACCGGUAUUCGAAGUCCAGGCCGAAGUUGAUGAACCCACUGGCCACGAACAACAGACGAUGAUACUAAUACCGGACAAGCUGGAUGAAAUGGAGCCCUGGUAUGAGAGAGCUUGGACCCUCCAAGAACUGCUAUUUUCCCGACGCCGACUUCAGUACCGCGCCCGGCAGACGACGUGGAUAUGCCAUUGCUCCGAGUCAUUGGUCGAAGACUGCGACGGUUGGAUCGGGGGAAUGGGGAACACUUACAUCAAUUGCUCUGAUCAAUACCUCUUCCGAGGGCUCAUGGCUUUGCUGCGGGGUGGCGAAAGCGCUCCCCCAAAGACUGAUGUUCUGUCGCAUUGGUACGACCUUGUGGAGGUAUACUCUGGACGAAAGCUGUCUCAUCGAGCCGACCGCUUCCCUGCUAUAUCCGGCAUAGCGAGAGAAUUUGCGGCUCUGUUGGAAGAUCAGUACAUUUGUGGCUUGUGGAGGUCUGAUUUGGCGAGGGGACUGAUGUGGUUCCCUACAUUGAUGGAAGGCGACGCUGUGCUUGGUUACAAGUCUGGGCCGUCGUGGAGCUGGGCGUCUUUCGAAGGUCGAGCGAGCUGGAUGCAGCAACGGCACACCCACUGGCGCCAAAACCAAGACUUUGAGGUAUUAGGCGACGACAUUCAGCCUGUUUCCGAGGUCGAGCCGUUCGGCGAGGUCAAAGUCGCUGAGCUUCAUCUUCGAGGUCUGAUCAAGAGCAUCCCCAUACCUUCGGCAGACGAGAAUGGAUUCAUGCAAAGCGAGAUGAGAGACCAGAUCGUAUCGAUUGGGUUCGAUUAUCCCAACGACGACAGGCUCCAACUAGAUUGCGGGCUGACCCUCGAAUUGCUGGUGGUCGUUGACUCUGGUGAUCUUGGUGUGGAAGGCCUUGUGCUCAUGGAGGAAGGGGAGAAUCGUUACUCUCGCGUUGGCUUGUUUGAGAUGGAUAGCAUUUGGCCGGUGAAAUCUUCACAUCGAUGGGAGGAGGAACACACUCGCGGGAAGAAAUCACUAAAGGAGCACCAAGCACGGUUGAGAAGUGUCUGGGGCGAAGAAAGUAUCAGGGAGAUCGUCCUCAUCUAA